CAGUGCUACUUGAAACGUAGCAUAUAAAAUAUUGAGACCCGGCCUAAGGAAGCCUCGUUAUCCGUCAGUCCGAUUCCCAUUCCGAUACAGCCGCUAAAGCUGAGAAUUAAAACAUUUUCCAUCUAUAAUGAGUGUCUAACAUCCCAGAUUUAAGUAACAGGCUGCACAGAUCAUUCGAGCAGUGCAGGCGCAGUCUGGCUCAGUCCAGCAUCAGAUCCCUUUGUUAAAACAGUUUGGCGUGACGUCUCCACACAGAGCGCAGUGUAUCAGAGUAAGAGAGGAGAGGGAGGGGAGAGGAGCUUGGGAGCUUACUACAAACUACUACCACAGUCAGCUGCCUCUUCAUUCAUCUCCUCCUUUGUGCACGGACAGCGCCACGCGCCAUGGCGCCCCGACGGCACCCCCCGAGCAGCUCGGCCGCCGCGGGAGCUCCGCGUCCCCACUACGGAGAACCACACAAGUUUGAUCCAUCCUUCAGGGGUCCAAUCCGUAGAAGAAGCUGCACUGAUGUCUUAUGUUGUUUGAUCUUCAUCAUUGUCAUCCUCUCAUAUGUAGCCCUGGGGAUAGUGGCCUGGUUACAUGGAGACCCCAGAAAGGUGCUCUAUCCAACAGACAGCCAUGGCCAGUUCUGUGGUCAGGAGGGAACCUCUAAUGCGAAGAAACCCAUCCUAUUCCAUUUCAACAUCUUAAAAUGUACCAGUCCGGCUAUACUCAUCAACCUACAGUGCCCCACAACUCAGAUGUGUGUGUCACAGUGCCCAGACAGGUUUACCACCUACACUGAGAUGCAGCUGCAACACAAACUCAGCAAAAGUCACUGGGAAUAUUAUAGACAGUUCUGUAAGCCUGGCUUUAAUAACCCUGACAAGCCAGUAUCCCAGGUUCUACAAGACGAGGACUGUCCCUCCAUGAUUGUACCUAGUAGACCAUUUCUCCAGAGAUGUCUGCCAGACUUCGUCACUCUGAACGGGACGGUGACUGUGGCUAACAGAACUAGGUUUCAAGAUGUCCUGGAAAUGCCACGCAGUGUUACCGAACUCCAACAUGCUGCUAAGAGUAUAACGGGACUAGUGGACACCAAGGAGCUGGGCAUGAGGAUAGUUGAAGAUUAUGCCAAGUCAUGGGCAUGGAUACUUGUAGGUCUGCUGAUAUCCUUGGCUGUUAGUUUGGUCUUCAUCCUGCUGCUGAGGUUCACAGCUGGGCUGCUACUGUGGAUCAACAUCCUUGCUGUCAUAAUGCUGCUAGCAUACGGUAUGUGGUACUGUUCCAAUGAGUUGUCCCUGCUCAGACGCAGACCAGGCUCUGAUGUCACUAUUGCACAAGUUGGACUGCAGACUGACCCACAGGUCUAUCUACAGCUCAGACAGACAUGGAUCAUAUUAUUGGUGUUUCUGGGAAUGACAGAAGCUUCCAUCUUGUUGAUGUUGAUCUUCCUAAGGAGAAGAGUUGGUGUGGCUAUCGCCCUGCUUAGAGAGGCUAGCAAAGCCAUCAGUCACAUCAUGUCCACACUAUUUUUUCCAGUCAUCACCUUUGUCUUGUUGACCUUUUGCAUCUUCUACUGGGCAGUUACUGCCAUGUACCUAGCAUCCUCAGGUGAAGCCAUCUACAAAGUGAUAUCUCCUGAUAUGAACUGCCCCUAUGCCAACAGUACUUGCAGCCCUGAGACCUUCAACACAACCAAUAUCUCCAAAUCAGCACUGUGUCUGGGAUCUCAGUGUCUGUUCGCCUUCUAUGGUGGGGAGACCUUCUACCACCGCUGCCUCUUCCUGCUACAGGUGUCCAACUUACUGGUGUUCAUCUGGCUGCUCAACUUCAGCAUGGCCCUGGAGCAGUGCACCCUAGCUGGCACAUUUGCUAGCUACUACUGGGCCAAGAAGAAGCCUCAAGAUAUCCCACCGUGUCCACUCUUUUCAUCAUUCAGUAGGACUAUCAGGUAUCACACAGGGUCUUUGGCAUUGGGAGCUCUAAUUCUUUCAGUUGUUCAACUUCUCCGGCUCAUACUGGAAUACCUGGAGCAGAAACUAAAGGGUUUUGACAGUGCCCUGUCCAGGUUCAUCAUGUGCUGUCUGAAAUGUUGUUUCUGGUGUUUGGAGAAAUGUAUACGCUACAUGAACCGUAAUGCUUAUAUCAUGGUGGCAGUCUAUGGUAAGAACUUCUGCAAGGCUGAACGUUGUGACUGUCUCUGUAGGGUUGCAGUUCUGGACAGAGUGACAGAUUUUCUGUUGUUUCUGGGCAAAGUGCUGAUAGCAGGAGGAGUUGGUGUGAUUGCAUUCUUCUUCUUCACUAAAAAGAUCCCUGUUAUGCAGGAGAAAGUGCCUGAUCUCAACUGCUACUGGGUUCCCCUGCUGACCGUGGUGAUAGGUGCUUACCUGAUUGCUCAUGGUUUCUUCAGCGUCUAUGUCAUGUGCGUUGACACACUCUCUCUCUGUUUCUGUGAUGACUUGGAGAGAAAUGACGGUAGUUCAGAAAAACCUUUUCACAUGUCUCCAGAGCUGCACAGUAUUCUGAGAAAAUCCAGUCAAUUGCAUUGAUGUCCUGUCCUCCUCUCCACUGCAUCAGCAGCCAGUCUGGUCAGUCUUUAUCAAUCUGUGAGGGAUUCUUGGUCCUGGAAAGAGAUCACCUGGCCAAAUCAAAGCUGUGUCAAGGACCCCACACCGAACAAACACGACACUGAAAAUGAUAACACUGGACUGUUUGGGAUCUGGAUUUUUUAAAGUGAUCCUGGAGGUCCUACAGUACUUUUUUAAUCCUCACAAUGGGUGGUCUUCUUCACUACUUCCCAACAUACUGUAUAUUGAGACACAGAAGAUGAAAUCCUCAUGCAAUCUAAAUCUGAAGGACUCAGCCACAGUGCCAGAAGACAUUUUUUUCCUGGAGCCUUCUGCAGUGGCACUCUGCUGCCCCAUUUCAGUAACCUUUUUAUGCUGUUCUGUCCUUGAAAGUAAUAUUUAAGCCCUAAAGUUAGUAGGUGGGUAGAGUAUUGUUUUGUAUAUAACUUCAGUGUUUAAACUGUUUUGCAAAAAGAUCAAAAUGUGUAAAAAUCACUCUAGGCAGAAGUGAAUGUGGCCCAUACAAAUACUACAGUUACCCUCAUCUCACCCAGUGUCACCUGGGCUCGGUUCCUGACUCUCAAACAUAAGCAGCUUUAGCUAAUGGAUGGCUGUACAAACAGACUGACAUGACACCACAAUCCAGGUCACAAAAAAUAUUGUUCCUACACCUCACAGUACAGACCCAAGACAGUAAAACCUGUAGCUGGAGGUUUGAUGGCCAUCUGCACUGAAGACAAAUGUACUGGGAGUUCAGUGAACACUUCAGAAAGCAGGUUUAGUGAAAACUCAGUUUGUUCACCAUGAGUUGAGGGGAGCUCUGGGUUUUCAGUUCCAGAAACAGAGAUCGCUUUAACUCUGAGUCACUGGCUGGAUAGAGCCCAGUAAUGUGGAGCUCAAGACCUUUACUAAAGUGAUCAUUUGUGAUCACUCAGUCAUCAGUGUAAAGGCAGCGCUCUCCUCACAUUUAAAUACCAGUAGCCUACAGCUCAGGAUAAAAUUGGUACUGUCUGCUUUUCUAACACUGUGACUCUGUGGAGAUGAAGACACCUGUCAGGUUGUCAGUCAGUUCCCCUGCACCCAAACAUAUUGUACUGUAGGCUACGUUACUGUGAUCACUGUAUGCACUUAACAAAUCAGUGUGAAGCUGAUCUGUGAAUAAUCAGUUCUUGUUCUGUUCUUCGUUGCGUUGGAACAUUCCUGUCCUGGUUGCUGAUCAUAUCAGAGACUAUGUGAAUGUUUCUGAGGGAGGAUGAUUGUAGUGCAGCUUUAAAGACGUCAACAUUGUAAAACUGGACUAAAUAAAAUUUAAAAAGUAGCUUUUGUGUAUAAUCCUGUUUUAACAGCAUUUCAAUGACUUUCAAAUUCACUAGUUAAAUGUGUAUUAAAUACAGCAGAGUCAGGUCUUAAAAUGUCUGUGAUGUCUAAAAAUGUAUAGAGUUUUUAAACUUGAUGCUUUUCUGCCUGAAAAUCACCAAAACCAUUAUUACUGGGUCAGACUGAGGUCACAAUCAGAGGUCUAUAAAUAAACUUCUCUUCGCAGACUAACAUAUGACUUUAUAUACUGUACUGUAUACUCUGUAUGGUUUAAGGGCACCUAUACCUCUUUGGAGACAAAUAUUCAGUAUUUCUUAUUUGUGUUUUUUUUUUCACAUAGGGUAGUUCUGACAUAUGUUUUUGUGACACAGGAAACCGAGCAAAUUAUGCUAAAGAGGUGGAUUUAUAUAACUCAGAUCUGGAAUAUUAUGUGGCCAAAUUUUGCCAAGGCAGGAUAUGAUGUGAAAACACACAGUUCCAGUUGCUAUAUGUCUUUUUCUAUGUUAAGCAAAGGUUAAUGUUUUGAAACACACUUCCAAAUCUUUUAUACUCCCUGAUAUACUCUGUUCAGUUUUGUAAAAUCAAUCAUUAAUCUAU